UAAAGGGCCUUUUGUGUCUUUGACAAAGGUGGACACCUAACGACAGAAACGUCUGCAGAUAAGAGCAUACGUUUCUGUGUAUUUAUGCUGGGGGGGGGGCUGGACAUGAACUGGACUUGAGCCAUAUAAGAGCAGAUACAGUGACAAAAGUCUCAGAACAUCAACAGAAAAUGGGAAAUAAAAGCAAAUCGAUCCUGGCAUUUUUAUUGCUGGUGGUAAUUAUUCAAGGUACAAUCUUUAAACUAAUGCUUAUAGUUAUUUAUACCUUUUUUUUUUAAAUUACCAAAAAAAGUUUUUUUUGUAUCAGUUCUAUUACAUGAAUGAGAAAAUGUGCUCUUUUUUUUUUCUAGUCUCCGCUGCCGUGAACAUCCAGCCCUCUUCUAAUCCGGCUGCAGCUGGAGAUAAUGUGACCCUGUCCGUGACACCUGAGGUGACUAUGGGAGAUGGAAACUGGGUAUUCGGAUCGUCCCCGAUUCUCACCUGGUUAGGGAGCGAUGUGGCAGUUUUUGGCAGUUAUCAAGGCAGGGCAUCGGUCAAUGUCGUCACUGGAGCUUUGACCCUGACCUCUGUCACUCUAGCAGACUCUGGAACCUAUAAGGUGCAGAGCGACGACCCUCCGCUGACAGCAAGCACUUUCAUCACUGUCUUGGAACCGAUUUCAAAUGUAAAAGUAGAGAAAAACCAAACAGACCAGACUGAAUUUGACAGCUCGGUCGUCAUGAAAUGCUCUGUCUCGUCCGGAUUCUCUCCCUCUUUCCGCUGGCUGAACGACAGCUCUGAGGUGACAGCCAAUGACAGAGUUCGGCUCACCGAUAGAAACACCACUCUGACAAUAUUUAAUCUUACCCGCUAUGAUGAUGGACCAUUCAUGUGCUUCGUGUUCAACGCUGUCAGUAAUAGCACGAGUCGUCCAGUCAAAGUUAACACCAUCUAUGGCCCAGAUAACAUGGCUGUCGCAGUAAAUGGAACCUUAUUACUGGGAUCAAACGUGACCGCUCUGUGUUCUGCUCAGUCCAACCCUCCGGCUCACCUUCAUUGGACCUACGAAGGGGAGGCUGUAAACCAGACGUCCGGUCCGCUCUUGGAGGUGUACGGCCUGACUGAGGAGCAGAGUGGUUCAUACACCUGCGUGGCCUUCAACAAUAUUACUAGGCUGAACAACAAUAUCACAGCGCACAUCACGAUAAGGUCAGAAUCCAUUCAGAAGACAGUACAUGUGUGGCUAGUCCCUCUGCUGUUAUUGAUAAUGCUGACCGUCCACGUGUGACUUUGAUCCAUUCAGACUCGUUGGAUUCGGCGAAGUAUUGUAUCUAGUUCACGUCAAAUAAAGGAUUCUACAUACAUUUCAUUAGUCUUUGAUUAAAUUAAAAAUGCCCAGUAUUGAGCUGUUCCUUUUACUGUCUUUCCCUUUUUUCCCUUUGCUUUACGAGUACAUAGCUAAACGUCUGUACGAAGUAUAGACGAUAUGUAUCGUUUGCUACUUUGUUUAUGUACGUAAAGUAAUGCGUGGCUCAAGUCGAGUCGAGUUUACAAACUUACAC